AGAAGGGUAGCAUUUACUAAUGUCGCUCACUUUAGUUUCCUGUCAAGUUUCACUCGUGAUAGUUAACGAAAAAUCGCGAAUGCCUGCAAUAUGCGGGGCUCAGAAACCACGCGUCUGCAGCAUCGCAAGCUCGUAGUACUGAGCGAUUCACGCGGUAAAUAUCUUCAAAUGUCCAAUCAACAGAAGAUGCGAGAAGAAAGUGGAGCACGCGUCCUCGUGAAAGCGCGAGCGAGCGUUCCUAACGUCGGCGCCGUGGUUCGAGUUCCCUAGAUAGUAGGAGCGGCGACGCGAACGGCGCGUCCGUAAGCGAAACUGAUGGUCGACAUAUCAGAAUUUGCGAUUGACCACGAUGACGGAGACACCUGCGUUCACGCCGCAGCCUACGAAGGCUCUAUCAGCCUGCUCGAGGAUCUUCUGGAGGCCCGCCCGGCUGAACUCAACCGACGAGUGCGACCAUUCGGCGCGACACCUCUUCGUCUCGCUGUAACACGUGGUAACUCUGGUACUGUGCGCUACCUCCUGAAGCACGGCGCAGCUGUGGACCUACCAGACGUCAAGGCACAGACACCACUCCUCGUGGCCAUCCAGAAAGAGUUUUCUGAAUGCGUUAAGGCACUUUUGGAAGCUGGAGCAAAUCCAAAUGGGGACGCUGGGAAUCGUAGCACUCCGCUCCACACUGCAGCGCAGAGAGGAUACUUGGAUGGUGUGAAGCUGCUGCUGGCAAGUGGUGCUGAAACUGAGAUUGAGCACCGGCUUCUGGGCUGUACACCAGGGCUUCCCCUUCAUAUCAGCGCUGCCUACCACCACUUUCCCUGCUACAGCUGCCUGCUCCUCAAUGGUGCAGAGCCAGACCUGCGUCACAUCUCGAGUUCUGUGCCUCCGAUUGUGCAUGCACAGGUCUCCUUAGCUCAUGUUCUGGUGAAGCACCACUGCCCAAGUCGCUUUGCAGUCCUCUUGUCCGAAUUCGGAGGUCACCUUUGGCAGCGUGAUGUCAGAGGACAGUUGGCCACACAACUGCCCCAGGAUGGCCCUUGCAAGUUGCUCUUCCAGCAGCUGAUAGACAAGCCACGGUCACUACAGUCCAUCUGCAGGGUUGCCAUACGAAGAGCAGUUGGAAGGCAGAGACUCAAGUACCUCAAAAGCUUGCCUGUCCCCUUGAAUGUGUACAGAUUUCUUAUAUAUGCGGACUUGAUUCCUAAUGCAUGUGAGCUAAUAGCUGUCUCUGAGUAAACUAUGACCUUCAAAAUAAAUUAUUUUCGUGCCUCAA